AUGAUUUCUUUAAAGUUUCUUUCGCUUUUGAUUUUAACGUUCGCCUUACAAUGUCAAUUAAGUUUGGGACUUUAUGCGGAUCAAGCUGGAGUAAAUGAUUGGCACCAACAAUAUAUAGGGACGCCCAAAUUUUCAUCUUUUCAUCGUACUUCUCGAGGUGCCACAAUUUUAGCUGCUUCUGAACGAAACGUUAUAGCAUCUAUAAAUCCUCGUAACGGAAAUAUAGAAUGGCGUCAAAUCUUUGAAAAGGAUGAAAAUAUAUUGGCUUUCAAGGGGCAUGGAAACACUGUUAUUUCCGUGACUUCCAUACCCCAAGGUGAUCAGCUUAAUGGAUAUACUAUUCGAUUGUGGGAUAUUCAGACGGGUUUUAUGAUUUGGGAGAAAAAAAUGGAUCUUAUUAAAUCCAUUGAUACAUCAAGAAUUGAUAUUGUCUUUGUGAAUAAUUCAUGUGUCUUGAUUUUAAUUGGAAGGAAUAUAAUUAUAAAUUUGGAUAGUACGAAUGGGAGAGAAAUUUGGAGAUCAGAUAUGUCAGACAGCUCAACAACUUUAAACAAACUUGUCGGAUAUGAGGAUAAUUUAUAUGCUAUUGGUCUCAAAAAGUCAUCUUAUUCAUACAACACUAUUGAAGUAAUUACUUUUAAUAUUCGAUCCGGAUUUUUAAAAUCCACAUCUCUUUCCUCAAAAAUUAAUCACAUUAAAGACAUGAUGGUUUUGGGUGGUGGAACAAAUACGGGAUUUAUAAUUUGGAUAGAGAAAAAAGUUAUGCGUGUUAAUAAAUUGGGUACGGAUGUAAUUGAAGAAGCUUCGUUAGAGACACUUUACCGAAGUGUGGUACCUUCAUUCGCUGAUCAUACUGGAGAAUUAGAACUUAUUGAUCUUAAUUUAGGUUCAAGAACUGAAUUUUUAGCUCAAGUACCAACAAAAAAUGGAUAUUCCGCAGCUGUUUUCAAGGUUGAUCCUAUAGGUGGACGUCUGCAAGAAGGUGUAUCAGUGUAUUCUGGCACAUUUGAUAAAAAAGAUCGUUUCAUUUUAUCUAGAACCAGAACUUUACCUCAGUCAUCGCUCGAAGUGCUUCUUAAAUCGAAUAAAGAAAAAGUUCAAGUCGCAUAUCGUAUGUUCGCAGUUUCAUCCGAUGGAUCAACCCAUUUUUUUAAAGAAAGUAGUGUUAUUUGGCAAAGAGAAGAAUCACUUGCACAUACGAAAGAAGUUGAAUUCCUCGAUUUACCCGAGAGAAAAUUAUGGACACAAGAAGUAGAUGAACUUGAAUCGGAAACCAUUUCACCAUUUAUUCGUUAUUUUCGAAGACUUCGAACUCAUUUUGAGCAACUUAAAGGAUUACCUGAUUAUCUUAUUACUUAUAUUCAAAGAUUUGCCACAGGAGAUUACAACAAAGAUCCAACUCCCGCAAAAUUAAGUUUACACCGAGAUACAUUCGGAUUUCGUAAAUUAUUAAUUUUUAUCACUCGAAAUAAAGUAAUUGCAUUAGAUACCAUUAAUAAAGGUCAAGUAGUUUGGUCUCGUUAUUUUGGUGAUGAAGUAUUGGAAUUUCAAAAAAUUUUUGUGGUUCGAUCAUCUACUGUUAAAUUUCCACCAAUUGUUGUCGCUAUUGGGAUACAAAAAAAUUUCACGGAAGAUUCUAAGGGAAGCAUUUUAACUCGUCUCUUCCGACUUGACGCACUUACCGGAAAUGAUUUCAUUCUCACUGAUGAUAACAAUGUAUCAAAUUUCCCACCUACUUUCGAUAUAUCUGGUAAAAUUAGAGAAAUUUUUAAAUUACCUUUAGAAGAAUCUGAAGAAAGGACUCAUAUUUUGGCAUUAGUUGACGAAGAUUUAAAGGCAAGGUUGAUAAUACGAUUGUUUUCCAAUAGAGCAAUUAAAGCUUUUGUAAAAUUUACACCAUCAUUUUAUUUUGUGUUAACUGAUGGCGUUGGUAGCAGCUUUUUGAAAGGAUAUAAUAUUGCUGAUACAAAUGAAUAUCCUUACAAAGCUGAAGAAAUGUGGGCGAUGGAAUUUUCCGUCGAUGAAAAACUUGCUGCGAUUGGACAAAGACCUCAUCAUGAAAAAGUCGCAUCUCUAGGUCGGGUUCUGGUGGAAAAUACAAUUGUAUAUCAUUUUUGGAAAGAUAAUCAAAUUGAAAAAGGAUAUGAAAUUGUGGUUUAUGAUUUAUAUGAAAGUGAACAAGCAAAUGAAAGAUUUGAUAAAUUUAAUUUAUCUUCAUUUUCGUUUGACCGUCCUUACGUAAGUGCUCAAUCAUUCAUGUUCCCUUACGGAAUUCGAUCUAUUGGAGUGACUACCACCAAGAACGGAAUUGCCAUGAGAGAAUUUCUAUUUGCAUUAGAUACUGAUCAAAUACUUGGUAUACCUAAACGAAUACUUGAUCCUCGUCGACCCCAAAGAGCAUUGACCAAUGAAGAUAAAGAAGAAAUGUUGAUUCCUUAUGAAUCCGCGAUACCUGAUAAUAAAAGAUUCAUUUUGAGUUAUCAUUUACCGAUCGUCGGAAUCCGAAAAAUUGUAACAUCACCCGCAUUACUAGAAUCGACAUCGCUCGUCUUGGCGUACGGUUUGGACUUGUGGUUUACACGUGAAGCACCUUCCAAAACGUUUGAUGUAUUAAGUGAAGAUUUUAGUAAAGGAACAUUAUUAGCAACGAUCCUCGGAUUGGUUAUUGGAAUUCUGAUUACUAAACCGAUGGUUCGACGAAAGAUUCUUAAGUCAAGAUGGUAUUAA